CAAAUGUAGACAAGGAGCACACUACUGUGCAGCAAGGACGCUCAAGAUGGCGAUUAUACCGAUGACCAAAGUUAUAUUUAACGGCAUCGCUACAUACUGGCGCUGAUGCCAAAACUACGCAACAUUAUUUACAAUGCAUGAAGCAAACCGUGUACACAUCUCUGAACUUUUGAACAGUUUCUUCCAUUUUUUUCUAUGAACGUCUUUAUACGAUAUGCAGCUGGCAUUAAAAUCAGUCAACGUUAUUAAAGUCGUAAUAGAUUUGGCGAAUGACCCAGAAUGGACUUCAUAUAGAUAAUUCUUCUGUCAAAAGAAGAUUGUAGAAAGAUUAUCAAUUGAGAAGUUUAUUGGAAAAAUAUUAUUAUAAACGAGCAGCUUUAUAGUCACCGGGGACAAUGUGUCGAUUAUGUGAACUACGUUUAUAGUUCAGAUUGACUACCCCGUAGUCGAUGGUAAACUAUUCUGGUAAUUUCGAGUAAACUUAAUACGUAUAGAAGAGCCAAUCAAUGUAUUGCCCUUCUUACGCUAUCGCAUCGACAUAGUCCUCUAGUUCACUGUCUUUCACGUACUAUGUGUCUAUAAUAUGUAUACGUGUGUACAUAUGAAUAUAGUUCGAAAUAAGUAUUUAGAUACAUUCAUUAUUACUUAUUAAAGGAUGGAAACAGUGCGAUCUUGUGGUUGCAAGAGAAUAAGAUCUUGCGUUCAUUUUCUAAAUCCUUGGGAAAUUGGUUACAAUCGAAGAACGCGCGCACUCUUGAAAAAGAAUACCUUGGGAAGAUUCACUCAUAGUGGUAGGAGGAGGAAGCAGAAUGUUGAUCCAAAAUGCAAUGGCUCUAAGAAAAGAAAGCUUCGCUUGGCUUCCUUCGAUGGUUUUUCAAAGUCUACUCAAUUCGUGCAAUUUUAAAUUUUGCCAAAACAAUGUACCUUAGAGUAUGAUCCACUGCGAGGAACUUCGAUGGAUGAAUGUUGAAUUUGUCGGUGAAAGAAUAGUUGGUUAGUUACCUUGUAACUAGCAUGGAGAAUAUUCUUCCGCUAUACUCCAAGGCAUCAUCUUGUUGAUAAUGAUGAUGGUGAUAAAAAUGAAAAUAAUAAGAAAGAUGAUGAUAAUAUCGUUGUAAGGCUCUCGAUGCCAGAGAGGGAUCUCUUAUGAUUCUUUAUGAUACUAUGCAAGGUACCAAUGGGAACAUUGCGUGGUUUAAAAGAACAUAUAACUUCGUAGACAGCAUAAAUUGUAGAAACAACGAAUAUUUUAUCAUCAUCAUUAUCCUCGUUAAGUAUAAAGAAAUAAAUAAAUAAUUUCCAUUGGAAAAUUUUUUUCAGGAAAUUAGUAGGAUUUGCAGAUUAAAAUCUUGGUCUAUAACAUAAUGUAACGUAACAUGAUAUAAUAUUAUAACAAUAUAAAUGAAAAAUAUUACGGUAGAAAAUUGAAUUUUGUUUUUAUAUUUUUAUUUUAAAUUACGAGUUGUUUGUAUUUCGUAUAUAUGUAUAUAUAGAUGAUUAACCGCAAGAGGAAUCGAUGAUGUGCGAUAUAUAUAUAUAUAUAAAUCGAAUACAUGUUAUACAGAUAUAUAUAUAUAUAUGUAUAAAAUAGAAUAAAACACAUGAUCAUAGGGAGUUCGUACUUUAUAUCGCCCAUUCUUCACAUAUACAUAUAUAAUGCGCAUAUAUUUUUAAUAUCUUCAAUUUAAGGAAAAUUUACACGAAUCGUUUUGUACGUUUUCAAUUAUUGAUCAGAACGGGAUCAAAGCAAGUAAGAGACAAAAAUGUAUUUAAUAAAGAAAAAUAGAGAACGAGCGUAUAAUCGGUAAAA